AUGGAGCAACCAUCUGAAGACUUUGUACAUAUUGUUAUUAUUUUAUCAAGAUAUAUUAACAACGAUCAAGAUAGCAACGAUAAUUUAAAGAGAGAAACAAAACAACGAUUCAAAGAGUGUAGUGAAUCUACACCUGAUAAAGUAGUAUCAUGGUUACUCUAUUUAAUCAUAAAGGCUACUUGUACUAUGAUUAAAGAGAAAGCAGCACAGUUACUUGAUAGAUUGUUGAUCAAAAAAGAUAUUUACUUUAUAGCAAGUUUGUCAGCAGAGAUUGUGAAUGUAGUCAAAGUUGAAACAAUCGAGUUGUUAAAGACCAAACUUACAGAUAGCUUUAGACAACACUUGAUUGGUAUCAUUGAAUCAUUUGCAACUUAUUUAAUACCUACUGGCCAAUGGAAUGAUUUGAGACCAUCAAUACAGAAAGUUAUAAAACAAGGAUCACCUUUAGUAUUCCUAGAUAAUGUAAAAUCAUUGAUGACAGUAGUGUUACCAAAGUAUGACUAUAAAAUAACUAAAAAGGAGGUGUUGAUAGAUAUAAUCAACUCUGGUGGUGAAUUGGCCAAGGAUCAGUAUGAAUCAUUCAUGCCGGGUCUAAUAGAAAUACUUGCAGAUGAAACCGUCAAAGAAGAAUGCAAAGAAAAGAUUAUAGAUAAUCUUCAAAAUAUCUAUAUUUACGACUACCCAGAUUGGAUGAAAGAACACAUUCAAUCGAUCAUUGAAGCAUUGAUAAAAUUAUUGUUGUUUCACUGUGAAAAGGGUUUGAUAGCAGACAAUAGCACCCAAAGUAUAGUCGGCUGCUUUUUGUUAAAGAUUAUAGAUCGUGAUCUUCACGAGUUGACCAAAACUCACAUUGAAAGAAUCAUCACUCAUUUAUACGAUCGGUUAUCUCUUGUAGAGAUUGAUGAUGCGUCAGUGAAACAGUGGACUGAUCGUUACACCAAUCCUACCGAAAGAAACAUUUUCAACCUCAACUAUAAUGAAGAAGUGGAUCUUGGUAUUAUCAGAAACUUUCACACCGAUCAAUAUGAUAAACUGGGUUCUCCCUGUUCAUGUUUUGGUUUGGUGAAUUCAUUUGAUUUUUUAAAAAAUGGCAUAAAAGAAUCAAUUGACCAACAAUUCAACAUCUUGAUACAAUCACAAUCGUGGAAACAAAGAUAUGCAGCAUUGAUUGGUUCAUCAAUCUUUUGUACAAAAUUUCCCAAUUAUUAUUUAUCAUCACAUCAAGUUUCAUUUGUUUUAAAGUCAGUAUUAAAAUUGGUUGAUGAUGAAAAUAUCCAAGUUAGAUGGGCAUCAUUGCAAUGUUUAGUUCAAUUGACUCUUGAUUAUCCUCAAACAACCUAUGAAUCACGAGAAGAAAUAUUUUCAGUCAUUCUCGAAUCAAACUUGAUUUGUCAUGAUGAACAAACAAAUAAUAGUAUUCAAAGCCGUUUUUGUGUAUUGAUGCAAUGCAUGAUGCAUAUAUUGGAAAAUGAUGAAAUGAUUCGUGAUAAUGAUUUAAAAGGAAUUCGUGAUAAUGUUAUGGAUGGAUUAUGUAGUUCAUUGGAAAUACUAUUGCAAUCAUCAAAAAUAAUGGUAGUUGAACAUGCAUUACUAUCAUUAAUGUCGAUUAUUGAUAUUCUAACCAAAAAAUUAAGACCUGUAAGUGUCGUUCAGUUAAAAAUCCUUCCUACACCCUGUAUGAUACAAAAUGCUUCGAUGGCACUGGACGAGGCCGCAAAGCUUGACAAGGAUAGAUUCUCACCCUAUGCCAUGGAUGCGUUACUGGGACUCAACGCCAUAGCAUCUACACCAUCACCAGAUCCUAUGGACUAUGAUGAAGUCGCAGAACUUGCCACCAAGAAUCAAUCAAAUCAAAUGGGAUCUGAAAUUGGAAGUUCAGCUCUUGGUCCAAGUCAACCAUUCCAAAAAAAAUUAAAUAUCUCAGCUGACCGUAUUGAGAGAGAUAGAGAUACAUAUCAUAUUGUACAUGUUAUGGAGCAACCAUCUGCAGAAGAUUGUUUAAAGUUAUUCAAUAAACAAUCAUUUAAAGAGUGUUGUGAAUCCACACCUGAUAAAGUAGUAUCAUGGUUACUCUAUUUAAUGAUCGACAGUAGUAGUAGUACAUCUUUACCUCAUCUUACUUGUUUAUCUCAGAGUCAAGACAAAGCAGUCAAGUCACUCGAUAGAUUAUUAAUCAAAAAAGGUGAUGACUUUAUAGCAGCUUUGUCAAAAGAGAUAGUAGAUGACGUCAAAGUUAAAACAAUCGAGUUGCUAAAGGCUACACUUACAGAUACAUUGAAACAACAUUUGUUUGGUAUCAUUGGAUCAUUUGCAAAGUAUUUAAUACCUAGAGGUGAUUGGAAUGAUUUGAGACCAUCAAUAGAGAUGAUUAUCAAUCAAGAAGGAUCAUCGCCUUCUCCACUCCUAGAUAAUGCAAAAGCAUUGAUGACAGUAGUAUUGUCAAAGUAUGAUGCCAAAAUAGAUAGUAAAAAGGAAGAGUUGAUAAAUCUAAUCAACUCUAGUGGUCAAUUGGCCGAGGAUCAGUAUGAAUCAUUCAUGCCCAGUCUGCUCGAAAUACUUGUGGAUGACACUGCUGUCAAAGAAGAAUGUAUUGAAAAGAUUAUCGACAGUCUUACAGAUAUUCUUAAAGAGUACCCAAAGUGGAGAAAUACAUUCAAUCAACCAAUCAUUGACACAUUUAUCAAAGUGUUGGAUAGAUACCAUGAAAAGGGUAUAGUUUCAGACAAUCGCAUCAAAGGUUUAAUAUAUGAAUUUUUGUUGCCGCUUGCCUUGAAUAAUUGUAAAGAAGAUUUGACUGACAGACAACUUGACAGACUCGUUGUCCAUUUAUAUGAGCGGUUAACAGAAGUUCCAGUUAAACUGUGGACUGCAAUCAAUGAUAGAUUCACCCAUCCAGGAAAUUCAAGCAACAUUUUCAACCUCAACUAUGAAGAAGAAGAAGAAGAUUUAAUUCUCAUCAAAGUACGAGGAUCUGAUACAUUCCAACUCGUUCCAUCUUAUAAAGAUUUUCAUCGAUUACUGGAUCAACGUGGCCACGUAAAAGAUACCAUUUUAAAACAAUUCGACAUCCUAGUAAAAUCUCAAUCGUGGAAACAAAGAUAUGUAGCAUUGAUUGGUUUAUUAAUAUUUACUAGAACUACACAUUACCAUAAUAGUUUAAAAAAAUGGAAACGUUUUCCAAAUAUUUUAGAGUCGGUAUUAAAAUUGGUUGAUGAUGAAAAUUUAGAAGUUAGAUGGGCAUCAUUACAAUGUUUAAUUCACUUUUCCUUUGAAUAUAGCUAUGAGAUGGUUCGAUCGCAUUCAAGAGAAGGAGUAUUUUCAGUCAUUCUCGAAUCAGUAAACGCGAGUGACACAAAUGAACGUAUUCAAAGUCGUUUCUGUGCAUUGAUUCAAUGCACUAUUCUUAUACUGGACAAUGAAGAGAUUCGAGAAAAUGAUUUAAAAGGACUAUGUCAUUCAUUUGAAAUGUUACUCCAAUCUUCAAAUAUAAUUGUUGUUGAACAAGCAUUACUAGCAUUAAUGUCUGUUAUUUCUGUUGUUAAAAAACAAUUAAGACCUUAUUUUGGAAAUAUUACUCCCAUUCUAUUAUCAUUGUUGGAAAAACAUCAAAUUCUAGCAACAAAAGAAUCAAGAGUAUUAAGGUGUCGUGCAAUCAAAGCAAUUGUAAUGUGUGGUAAAGUGGUCGACAAGAAGACAUUUUCAACAUACAUGUACAAGUUGAUGAUGUUUGUUGGAAAGAAUGAAGGGUCGGUUGAUUUGGUUGUUGAUGUUUUUAGAUUUUUGGAGACACCAUUACCAAAUCUAGAAGAAGAGGAAAUUACACCAUCAAAACAAGAUAUUUAUAGGGUGGCGUCAACACUCAAGAGCUUGCACAAUGCCUAUUUGCACGAUAUUGUUUAUAAACCAUUGGCACCAUUUAUUGAUCGAUUGGCUAUACCUCUAUACAAUUUGUCAAAGUGUACAGUCAACUGCAGAAUUCAAUUUUUCUCUCUUACAAGUUUACCUAGCUGUGUUGAGUUGUCCAAGUUAAAGUAUGGUGCAAGUAGCGACAAGACACGAGAGAUGUUUGGCAUGUUUUACGAUUUGGUAUUCUUGUGGUGUCCACUAGAGACCAACUGGCGCUUGUUGCAAAAUCUAGUUGGUGUUGCAGGCUAUCUCAUUGAAGCGAUGGAAGGUAGUGAAAUAUCAUUGGAUCUGAUUCAAUCGACGAUAUCUCUAUUUCACAAGUUGGAAGAAAAAAUGGACGAUGGUGUUCGCCAGUUACAACAAGACGGAGAUGAAGAUGGAGAUGAAAAUGAAAAUGAAAAUGAAGAUGAAGAUGAAGAUGAAGAUGAAGAUGAAGAUGAAGAUGAAGAUGAAGAUGAAGAUGAAGAUGAAGAUGAAAUACCACCCAAAGAAGACAUACUCGAUUCAAUCUAUCAUUUGAUGGAGAGCUAUAUCAACAAGGAAGCAAUCCUAUUUUUUAUGGCACAGUACUGUGAGUUUGGUGGUGAGUCGGCAGUCAAGGCAUUCCCACAGAUCAUACCAACCGUUAUCGGCUGUCUACUCGAUAGUUCGCUCGGUGUGAAUCAGGCUUUGGGUACACUGAAUAGUGCAGCAUAUCUUAACAAGGAUAAAUUCUCACCAUUUGCCAUGGAUGCGUUACUGGCCAUCGAUGACAUGGCAUCCAAUUUAUCCUCCUCAGAGGACUCAAUGAUGAACCAUGUCACCACAGUUAUGGGCAAUAUCAUCCGUCAUGUACCACUACCCAAAGAAAAUAUCGGUAUCAUCUUCCCAAAAUGGUUGAACCAUAUUGACGAGGACGAUGAGAUUAAUGAGGAAGUAAUCCCCAACCUUUGCGCCACUAUCCGUCUCUACCCCAACGAAUGUCUCGGUCAACAACACCAACAUGUUGACCAGAUACUCCAAAUCAUCCAACACUAUCUCGACAAUACAUAUGUCGAAAAAGAAUUACUCAAUGAUACCUUAACAUUUAUAAAUAUUUAUCAGGAGAAAUAUUGGACUUGGGAGAAGGCAGCACAGUUACUUGAUACAUUAUUGGUCAGAAAAGGUGAUGACUUUAUCAAAUCAUUGUCACAACAUAUCAUUGAAUCAUUUGCAAUCUAUUUAAUUCCAAAAGGUCAUUGGAAUAAAUUACAACCAUUAUUGGAGACUAUUUUAAAUGGAGGAGAGGAAGAAGAGGAAGGAUCAAUAUUAAAAGAAAAUGCAAAAGAAUUAAAAGCAGUUCUAUCAAAGUAUGACUUUAAAUCGUCUCACAUUGGGAGGUUUGUAGACAUGUUGAAAAAUGCUGGUGGUUUGAUAACUGACGAGCAUUAUAGAUCAUAUAUACCCUAUCUGCUAGAAAUGGUGGCACAACUGGAUGACACGACCAUUGGUGUAUGUCUACAUAUAGAACAGACUGUAUUCCAUCUUACCAAUCUAUCUCAAAGAUUACCCAGUGUGGAUGAAAGAGCUCAUUCAACCAAUCAUUGCAAUGUUGAUCAAAUUGUUGGAUAG